AUGGUACAGAAUGUUACCAUGUACCGCCCCUCUUCAUCCCCAACCAUCGGGACUAAGUCUGAAAUGGCGUCAGCAACACAGUAUCGCCAUCUCGUAAAUCGCAAUUUCAUGUCCAUUUUAAGCAUUCAAGAGAAGCCGGCCGGCCGGCCGAUAUGUACCAAAGUGUGCAUGUGCGCAUGUCUUAACCUUUUUGUGGGCAAAUCAAGGAUGGCCGGGUAUCCGGUGCCAAGCAAAGCGAGUCACAUGGAGACCGGUUUUAUUCGCCACUAA